AAAAAAAAAUCGCUAGAAACUAGCCUAUUGACUAAUAUUCCCAAUUGCGACCAGAGAGACGUAUCUCCCUCAAAUCGCAAGUUUCUGCUGAUAAUUUGUUGGUCGGGCAAUGGGGGCGAGGAAGGAUUUCGGGGUUUCAGUGUGUAUUUGUGCGAUUGUUUUGGUUUUUUGUCCAAUUGCCGGCAAUUCCGCGAGAUCGGAGGACGAUAUUAGGGAAAAAUUCUACGGGAAUCUGAUCAAUACCUCAACCACCGACAAUGACGAGGGGAGCAUCGCCAAGAUGUUCGAUCGCGUGUUGGAGAAAGAGUUCUCCGAAAAUGAUCAGUCCGAAGGCUCCGAUGGAAGCAGCUUCAACAGCAGUGUGGCUGAUCAACAGGCUGAACUAGAGACUGUUGCGAAAAUCUCACAUGACAAGAUGAAGAAGAAUGAUACUAAAGAGGCUAAUAAUACAAAACACUUCCAGUUACAAGAUGUGUUUGCUCUUGAAAACGAUGAUUCAGAAGACAUAGAGACUCUAAUAGAUAAAAAGGACAAUGUAUUCGUAAUGUCAAAGAAGAAAUCAAAAUAUCCAGUGCUUCAGGUGGAUUUUAGGCUAAUUUCAGACUUGGUAGUUCUGAUAGUUUCUGCUGCCAUUGCUGGAAUCAUCUUUUCCUGUUUAGGGCAACCGGUUAUCGUUGGGUAUCUCCUUGCCGGUUCACUUAUUGGACCAGGCGGUUUAAAAUUUAUCAAUGAGAUGGUACAGGUUGAGACUGUUGCUCAGUUUGGUGUUGUUUUUCUUCUAUUUGCUUUGGGUCUGGAAUUCUCUUUAUCAAAGCUUAAAGCUGUGGGCCCUGUUGCUAUUCUUGGUGGAUUGCUUCAAAUAUUCAUUCUUAUUUUCUUGUGUGGCAUAGUUGCCGGGUUAUGUGGAGCAAAGUUGUCAGAAGGCGUUUUCGUUGGUUGCUUUCUCUCAAUGUCAUCAACUGCAAUUGUAGUGAAAUUUUUGGUUGAGCAGAACAUAAACAAUUCUCUUCAUGGUCAAGUAACUAUUGGAACGCUAAUUUUUCAGGAUUGUGCUGUGGGCUUGUUAUUUGCUCUGCUUCCUGUCCUUGGAGGUAACAGUGGCUUUUUGCAAGGAAUUUCCUCCAUGGGAAAAUUAUUGUUCACUCUAUCCGUCUACCUUGGAAUGGUUUCUGCGCUGACUUGGUCUUUUGUUCCCUGGUUUUUAAAGUUGAUGAUGCAAUUAUCAUCCCAAACGAAUGAGCUUUAUCAACUGGCUGCAGUGGCAUUCUGUCUGUUGUCAGCUUGGUGCAGUGAUAAACUAGGCCUAAGUCUCGAAUUGGGUUCCUUUGUUGCUGGGCUCAUGAUCUCCACCACCGAGUUUGCUCAGCAUACCUUAAAAGAGGUUGAACCAAUCCGCAACUUCUUUGCUGCCCUAUUCCUGUCCAGUAUUGGAAUGCUCAUUAACGUUCAGUUUCUCUGGACUCACGUGGAUAUAUUGCUCGCCUCGGUAAUUCUGGUUGUUGUUGUGAAGACAGCAAUCGCUGCCGGUAUUACCAAGGCCUUUGGAUACAGCCUCAGGACAUCGACUAUUGUUGGAAUAUCAUUGGCGCAAAUUGGAGAAUUCGCCUUUGUUCUUUUGAGCCGAGCAACAAAUUUGCAUCUUAUUGAGGGCAAGAUGUAUCUCCUCCUCCUCGGAACAACAGCAUUUAGUCUUGUCACAACUCCGGUCGUGUUCAAAUUAAUACCUGCUAUACUACACCUCGGCGUUCUCAUGCACUGGUUGCCCUCCGAGAAUGGAAACAACUCUACAGAGAAAGUUCCCAUGGUUCAGAUCACAUGACAGAAGAUGAAAGACAAACAUUUCCCACUCGCUCGGCUCUAAAUUUUGCUGAAGCAGACACAAAUACGGUAAGUAAAUUGUUGGUUACUUAGAACAUAGAUUCCAUAGCUUUAUUAUGUGGUUAGAAGGAGCCUGCCAAUACAUCAUAUACAAAGAACCUCACUCCACACAACAAAGGGCACAAUUUACAUUCAUUUUGUACAUAAUUCUUGUUCUUCAAUUACUACAAAGGUCAUGUUUCCUUG